UAUGCGCAUGCGCAGUAAAAUAUUUCAGGUUAACGAAAACUCGGAGCUUGACACGAAAUAAAAAAUAACCUAGUGCUCAAAAAGCCGAAAGUAAAUUUUUUAAAAAAACAAAAAUUCAAAUUCAAAUUUAAAAAUGGCCCAGAAUAAUUCGCGGCGAAGUGAUGCUACGACAUCAUCAUCUGGAAUAGAAACUGGUGAAGUGAAUAAUAUAAAUGGUGAUGAAUCAGCUAUCAGUACAUCGAUGACAACAACAACAACAACGACAACAACAAGUGGACAUCAGUCAUCAGGAAAUAACAUCAAUGGAGAAGCUGAUGAUUUUCCUGGUAACCGAUCCCCGUACAGUGAAAACGCCGAAGAAAAAGUCGCGGACUCUGCUGGAGAUGGUAAGAAAUCGGGUUUAAAUACUUCAGUAAACAGCAACAAUGCAACUCCAGUAAAAAGCAAAUCGAAAAAACGUAAAAAGACACCCAGAGAUGCUACGGCGCCCAAGCAACCGCUCACUGGUUACUUCAGAUUUUUAAAUGACCGCCGGGACAAAGUGAGGAAUGAAAACCCGAAUAUGUCAUUUGCUGACAUAACUAAAUUUCUUGCUGCUGAAUGGAGUUCACUUCCUGGUGAGCAGAAGCAGCAGUAUCUCAUCGCUGCUGAACAAGACAAGGAGAGAUACAACCGCGAGUACAGUGACUACAAACAAACUGAAGCGUAUCGUUUGUUCAGCGAGAAACAAUCGAUGGACAAACAAAAUGACAAGAAAGUAACUGAUGGCACAACAAAUCCCGACCCGAUUGAAAAUUUAUCCGAAAAAGACAACGACGGGUUCUCUGGUUUUGACAUUCCGAUUUUUACUGAAGAAUUUCUCGACCACAACAAAGCAUGCGAAUCUGAAUUACGGCAGCUGAGAAAAGCGACAUCAGAUUGCGAGUCACAGAAUGCUGUUCUUCAGCGUCAUGUUGACAGUCUGCAUGCUGCAGUAAAUCGCUUAGAAUCAGAAACAAACCAGCAACGAACGACCAAUCAGUCACUGCAACGUCAUCUUGAUACAUUGAGAAAUCAAUUGGCCAGUUGUUUUUCUUCUGUUCCUCUCAAAGGAACUCAUGACGGUGCCAAUUUACAAAAUAUCGACAGCUAUAUUGAGCGAUUGGAAUAUUUAUUAAGCGGUGGUGGGAUGAAUUCCGAGCCGUCAUUCCGAAACUCUGUACAAAAUGCGAUUGCUCAAUUCGAUUUAAUAGGAUGA